UACAUAAUAAAUACAAGCAGUUGUCCACCAUUAAACCUCAUUUCCACCCACCACCACUCCUCUUCCUUAUCAUACUGGAGUCUUGUUAGUUAGCCUUUUGUUUCCAAAUUUGCUUCUAAUAUUUCCUUGUAUAUAUCCAUAGACGCCUUUUCUCUUCUACUUAAUUUUUUCAUCUUGUGUGUGUGUGUGUGUGUGUAUAUAUAUCUCCCUUUACCCGUAUAGUAUAUUCUUAUCUCACCUUUUCACUCAAGAACAAUCCCAUUCUCUCUCUCCAUUGGCCCUUCUUUCCUUAACGUCCCUGUCCUUUCACUCUUGCAUAUCUUCCUUUCUCUGCAGCAAGUUUUUGUGUUUGAUCCAUGGAUAGCAGGAGAGAAGAGAUGGCAGAUUGCAACAGAAACGAAGACUUCUAUGGUUCUCAAGAGAUCCAGGUAGCAUCCAUGACCAAGAAAUAUGGAGGGCUUGCACCCAAGAAGAAGCCCUUGAUUUCAAAGCAAGCAGCUGGAGUGAAUCAAACGUCAACAGUGGCAAUAGAAACUUUGCGACCAAAACUACAGAGAACACCUCACCAUACACUCCCGCCUAGGAGACCAGCUUGUACAUCUGGUAGCAACGUGAGUCUUGACAUGGAUCGCGUAAUAUGUUCUUAUCAGGCAGACUUGGAUUGAUUGAAUGCUCGGAGGAAGAGAUUUAAUGUGUUUACCAGUCAUAUCUAUAUCCAUGAAGAUUGUACACAUUGCAAUCGGCCUUUGAAUGUUGAUGAUCUCGACUAUUUUUAAUAAAGGAGUUUAGUUAUGAGAGAGAAAUUAAAUAUUUGCUGUCCUCGCGUGUUUUAUAAUUUGAAAAGAUUAAUAAAUAAUCACUAGGAUGAGAAUUCUCUGACUCGGCGUCGUCACCCUUCCGCCUUCUAACCAUGUUCGCGGUUGCAAGAAUGUAUAAUAAGGUGCCUUGAUGAAUUUGUGUUUUUUUUUAA